AUGGGGUGGCCAUUGCUGUUCAAUAUGGCAAUUCUCGUGGCGGUAAUUGCGUCGACACCUGAAACACUACAUCGCCUCUCGCAAUCGGAGCAAGACCAUUAUUGGAAUAUGUUCAAAAUGCGCGAUGUCAAUCUUAUGGCCAAAAUUGAUAUGAGAUCAUCUGGUGUGCUUUUUAGAACUCAAUCGCCAGAUGAACAAUUAAAAAUGGAGAUUCUGAUUCAUAAAAGAACGAUUUCCGUUCAGUUCCCUGAAUACGAUGGCUGGCAUCGCCGGAUAACCUUCAAGGUUCCGAAGCAUCUGGAUGGUUCACACAUAUUUGACUUUACUCUAAUGAUAAACUCCAACACAUUAUUUAUAUAUGAUAAUUGCACCGAAAUCUUUUCCGAUCAAAUCGAUGAGAUGGACAUAAGAUUUGAGCACCCACAAAUGGAAUUAAUUCCUGAAUGGAAUGGCCAUUUCCCUAUGAAUCUUUCAAUCGGCACCGGCUUCCCGUUGCGCUACAAAUGUCACAAUAUUUCAAACCUUAUGCCACAUUAUCAUACACUUCGAAUCGAGAAUGUUGGACACCCAACGUCGUAUAAAAUUCAUAGCUACCCAGUCAGCCAGGUGUUUGAAGCACCUGAUGAUUUCGACGGAUGCAACAUUAAUGAGGUUUACGUGAAAACUGGACAAACGGUUUCAUUUGAUUGCUAUCAUUGUAGUUGUACCGCAAACAAAACUGUCGCUUGCAACGUCCCCAAAUGUCCAAACCUCCACUGCAGAAACCCGGUUCUCCGAGAAGGCGACUGCUGUCCGAGCUGCGGCAAGAAGUGCUAUUACAAAGAAUCGCACUCGUAUCAUCCGAAUGGCGAGAUUUUCUGGCCAGACCAUUGCUAUCGCUGCGUUUGUGAUGACGGCGAGCUGAGUUGCGAGACAAUAAAAAAACCGUGCCAAGAGCCGAAAUGCCCUAAAAGUGAUUGGAUCUUCGAGAGUGAGCACCAGUGUUGUCCAAAAUGCAAAAAUUUUGCGGAUUACUGUGCAAUUCAUCCCUGCAGUCCCAAUGCUUCUUGUCAUUCCGAGCGACGUGGCCCCCGAUGUGUAUGCGGAUCGGGUUAUCGCGGAAAUGGCACGGUUUGUCAAGAUAUUGAUGAGUGCGCAUUCUCGGAAGACGCCAAGGCGCAGCUUGGCGGAUGUUUGAGCGGCACCGAAUGCGUGAAUACGCCGGGAAGCUUCCGGUGCAAAUGCCUUCCAGGCUUUCAACGCGUCAGCAACAACAUUUGCGUCCCACUCCUCCGCAUCUAA